GCCAUUCUCUCUCAAAACAGACGUUUCAACGCUUCUCUCCAUUUUGAUUCCAGUUUUCUCUACUCUUUGCUGUAUUUCUGAGUUCUGAUAUUUGAAGUUCAACAGAAAGUCCUUUUGAGAACCCAAGAGAAGUGCCUAUUGCCUUGGUUUUUUCCAAAGAAAAACUAUGACUCGAUUGGUGAGAAGCAAGGUAUCUACUGAUGCGAGGAAGUCUUUCAUCUGUGACUUACCAACUGAGAUAUUACAUAAAAUACUAGAGCACAUGCCUAUCCAAGAUGCUGCAAUAACUAGCACCUUAUCAAAGCGGUGGAACCAGAUGUGGUCCACACUACCACACCUUGUGUUUGAUAGCCAAUUUCUUGAUUUUGCAUUUAACUAUUCAUUUGACUCUGAAUUUGACGCAGGAGUGGGUAAUGCUGCAAGGAUAAUCAAUACAAUUCUCUUGCAGCAUACUGGACCUAUUCUCGGUUUCCAUUUUAUGUCAAAUGAUGAUUAUAUGGCAAAGUAUUUGGAUCCAUGGAUCAUCUUUGUCUCGAAGCAUGGUAUACAGAAGCUCACCAUACAUUUGCCCAAUGGCAGUUGUUUAUAUGAAUUGCCUUAUGGCAUAAUGACUUGCUCAUCAUUGACACAUUUGGAGGUUUUAGCGUCCACUGUCUUUAGGCCGUCCGAUUGUGUCAAAUUCCCCAAUCUUGUUAGCCUUGAGUUAGUAGACACUCAAAUUGAAUGUAAGCUAAUAGAAGACACUCUUAUUUUACCAAUGCUUGAGACUUUGAAGUUGAUAUCUUGCCGUGUUCUUGGUCGUAUGCGUUUGGUUGCUCCAAAACUUGAGAACUUAACUAUCGAUAACAUCGAUAUUGAAAACCUGAACCCAAUCGUUACAAGCAUUAAGCACCUCAGCUUGGAUAGGUUAUCCCUAGAGAUGUUAGCUGAGUUGUUUCAUGUGGCAGCAGAUAGGCUUGUUCUACCACAAAACCUGCAAACACUGAAAAUAUGUGCUUUGGGGAUUUCAGUUGAACAAUUUUCUGGUGCACUUAUCCUGCUUCGUGGUUCAUCUAACCUUUAUGAACUUGACUUAAGUGUAGCAGUGGAGGUCGACGAGAGUCGCACUACGGAACUGUUUUCUUACUUGUCGACGGCAGAAAGCCAUUUGAAUGAAGCUUUUAGGAUGAUUCAGAAGGUGAGAGUAAGGUAAUUCAAAGGAUCAAGAGCUGAAAUGUGCUUAAUAAAACUCCUCCUUGCUUAUUCUCCAAAACUAGAGAAGAUGAUCGUUGAACAGUUCAAGAACUGUAAUUCUAGUGAUUGUAUUGAACAUCUGAAGGAACUGAUCAGCUUUCCUCGAGCGUCAACCAAAGCAGUAAUUAAGUAUUUAUAAUCUGCUUCCCUUAAAUCAAGGUUACUGAUGCUUAAAGCCAGGGGAUUCGCUUCUGAAACAUGUCGUAGGGAAGCUAAUGGAGUAGCGGAUGAGUUGGCAAAGGAUGCAAUUUGAAUAUUUUUGGGAGCUUAAAGAUUUUCACAUCCCCUCCUACUUUUGUAAUCGCUUUCUUUAUUCGACUUUAGAGAAAAAAAUUAUUGCUUUUUAGUUGUUUAUCUAAUUAAGUCAUGUUAUUUC